CAUACAACAAAUAAAAAGCAUUAAAACUUAAAUUUUAAAAACAUAAAAAUGAGAAAGAACCUGUGGUAUUAGUUGAUAAAUUUGUAAUUUUAAAACAACAUUUACUAGACAUUUACUAUGGCUUUCAUAAUGCUGGAUUUUCUCGCACAGACCGGACAAACUGUAACAUGCUUGUGAAAAGUAGUCAAAAUAUUUGCAGCAGAUGAACAAAAAAUAAAUCUUUAAUUUUAUCUUUAUUCAGUGUUUGUUGUGGAUAUAAGCGCUGUCCACCCACCAUCACCUCUCAUGUUAGUAAUAUUCACACACUAACUAAAGAAAGCGCCUUCCAUAUAUUUACUCAUUUGUUGUAUUAAUAUAUACCCAAAAUACAUUUAAAAUAAGAAUAUGACAUUAAUAACAUGGAAAAAUAAAUAAAAAUGUAUAAUAAAAUAUCUGCAAAGAAAUGUACAUUUAGUCAGUACAUCACAACAUAGAUGUAACGAGCGAUAGUGAGGCAAACAGACCCAAGAGCAGAGGAACAUUCAAAGGAUUUAUUUACAGCAGUAAUGAGCAGUCACUGGAUUUAGGAACAGAUGUGUAGAAUCCUCCGCUGAAGCUCAGUGAGUUGUAGAAUAAUGGCCAGCAUGGCAACAUGAUCACACGUGAAGUCGGCAUGGCGUUUUCGAUAGUUUCGGUACCCUAGGAUACAGCAUUCUAAUCAGACAUGUUUGCAGUGGUUUUAAUGUUUUUACAUUUCCACCUAGCGUGAUUGGCAGCGCGUUGCAUCAGCUGCGUGGGAAAGUAGGGUUCAAAGCCAAGCAGUAACCACUUUGAAUAAUCAAUGACGAGCAUGAUUCUGAGGUUUCACUUUUCCCGCUAACAUUACUUUUUACUCCACUAAUGGUUAAGUUAAGGUUUGGGUUGGGGGACAGAAUCUAUUAAUAUAUGCUUUUUCUUCAUUGAAUAACAUCCUGUAAUGCUGAAAACAACUUGCUUUGCUAAUAACUUUUGAUGACUUCUCCUGGACAUAAAUAGAGCUCACACGUGCCCAUAUGCAAUACAACACUUACCUCUUUGGCCACUGGGUGCAGUGUUUUGAAAAUUCGGUCAACGUAUACUGAUUUUGAUGAAAGAAAAGUCGAUCUACUCUUUCCGAUUUCACUGUGAGAUCAGGCUGAGUAAAGAUGGGCGAUCUUAACUCCCGACAUGUGGGCAGAGACAAGGUAUCCUCCAUAGAAGACCAGCUGAUACGCAGCAAAACUGGAAGGCAACCACACACCUGACACACAGGAAACUAACAGGAGGAGAAAACUGGAGAAAAGGUGAAUGAGGCCACAGCAGUGAAACUUUACAGCCAGAACCCUCCCAUUGAAAAAAUGGAUGCAUCUCUCUCAAAUCUAGUCAACUGCGAGAGAUUAACCUUGUCUACAAACUGUAUUGAAAAAAUUGCCAAUUUGAAUGGUCUAAAGAACCUUAAGAUAUUGUCCUUGGGGCGGAACAACAUCAAAAAUCUUAAUGGACUGGAGGCAGUAUGUGAUACUCUGCAGGAGCUGUGGAUUUCUUUUAACCUCAUAGAAAAGCUGAAGGGAAUUCAUGUUAUGAAGAAACUCGAAGUCCUUUACAUUUCCAAUAACUUGGUCAAGGAGUGGGGGGAGUUUCUGAAGCUGGCAGACCUUCCAUCAUUGGUGGAUCUUGUUUUUGUGGGGAACCCAUUAGAGGAAAAGCAUGCUGCUGAUGGCAACUGGAUAGAGGAAGCAACGAAGAGGCUUCCCAAGCUUAAAAAGCUAGAUGGCAACCCAAUCAUCAAACAAGAGGAGGAGGAAGCUGAAGGGGAGAGUUAAUGCAAUUUGUUAAACUUAAAAUAAAAAAAUAAUUGGUACAUUUUAAUUGACCGAACACCAGCAUUUUAGCUAAUAAAUGUCUGUGCAAUAUUUUCAUUUUUUAGGUGUAUUUAUAUAAAUUGAAAAUCUAAAUCCACUUUCUUGAACUUUAACACUAUUUGAAUAGAUUGGCAAGCAUACUGUGGAUAUCUUUUGUUAGCUUUAGCACAAGAGGAGUUACAAAAUCAUGAUUUAUGGGUUGUGCAGAUGUACAGAAUGUAUGAUACUAAUUUACUCCAUCGUUACUUACAUUUUCAAAGCAAAAUGUAGUCAUUUUGUAGCUCUCACUUCUCAUCAGGGGGACCAAUAACAUUAAAUACAGUAUGCAAGCCGGUGACUUUAACCAAGACCAAAUCUGUCUGGACUGUUCAGUGGGAUCCAGGGUAUGAUGGGGUAUAAUUGUUAUUACUGGGGCUCAUAUUUAGUAUCUCUAUUACAGUCUCUAUUAUGAGGCUAUAAAAAUGCACUGAAUAUGAUGUUUGCUUAUCACCACAAAAGGGAAUAAAAUGGUAAUUAUAUGUGUUUUCUAUAAGGGAUACUUUUUCAAUAAAUUUGUUUGUGCAAAAACUAAAAUCCAAAUCUGAUGCCAAUAAUUCUGCUGUCACACAUUUUUAUUACUAUUUGUAUUGUUAGCACAGUACAUUGUAUGUCUUUAAAUGUUUUAAAAAAGCUAAAUGAAGUGCAAUUAAGCACUUGCAUGCCUCCAUAGGGUAGGCCUAUAUCUACACACUGACCAAAUCAAAGCACUGUAACUAAUAUUGUAAAUAAAAUAGUACUUUUGACUUUGUUAACAAUUUUUUGUUAAUGUGUGAUUUUUGUUUUAUGUUUACAUUUUGAUGUAUGCUUAUGAAUGGGCAGAAAUUUUGUGACUAAAUUGUUAUGACUCUCCCUCUAAAUUUUAUUAAUUGUUUUUGUCUACUGUGUAUCACAAGAUAAAUAAACUAAUUUAUUC